CUUUCGGUCGAUGUCCGUAGGCCCAGGGCAGUCGGCACCUCCCAGCUCUCUGAUACGCACGUCCCUUGUGCAUCAGGGUUUGUCACAGCACUGCACUCAUGUCGGAGACCAUUUCUGGAAAGAGGUCGCAAAAAGAGCCAGAGGCUGUACCCAGUACCUCUACAGACUCUCGUCCAGAUUACACAUUCUCCUUCCGGCCUGUACAGGUCACGGCAUCCCCGAAGAAGAGGUACGACAUGAGCCUCGUCCCUGAUGCUCUGAUUGAUACUUUGUUGGAGCAGCGAGGCCUUACACCCGAAGUUGGUCCAUCAGUCUCUAUGCGCUCCACUACCCCAGAGACCACAUCUUCUCCUGCUGCCAGAGAGACAAUCACUGAAGGUGCCCCGCAAAUGGAGUUGGACAUCAAAAGAGAUGCUACGAAUUUUCGCUAUCCCGGAAUAUACGAAAUGUACACAAACGCAACCGUCGACGCAUCUGCAAAGGCGGUCAUGGCAUCAUCACAAGUACGCGGAGCGUUCCGCCUUCUGAAUGAAGACCUGGACGAAGGGAAGCGAGAGUCUGUUUUGGUGAAGAACAUCUGCGACCUGAGCGCAUCAGUACGGCGUGAGCUUGGUGCAGAGGGAUCAGACUAUGGUGAAGUGACAGCACUGGAGAAGUACCGGAUGCGCAAGCCACUGUCCAUGAUCCAAGGACAGGUAAGGGCGAACGUCGUGAUAGACAAAGUGGACAUCGUCAUCCCUCGCUCAAAGAAGGCAAUGGCCAUUAAGACUGUACCAAGCGACCCCCUUGAGGCUACAAUCGAGUGUUGCUGGUCAAACGCUCUGUCUUUCAUUGAAGCGAAGGUGGAGAAGGCAUGCGACUUGAGAGAUGAACUCAGCCUGCAGUGUCUGCGCUACACAAUCUUCCAAUAUCAGGCUCCCUGCUCACAUGUCCACUUUGUGACCUGGUGUGCGAACCUGGUGCGGCUCUGGGUUGUCAACGCGUCUCUCUAUGGCUGCUCCCGAGGCUUCGACACUAGAGAUCCAGAGGACCAAUUGGAAAUCGUCAAAAUUCUACGUUUCGUGAAUCUGGAGCAAUACUCGACACAGCUCUGCGGUCACUGGGACGUCAAGACCAUCAAACAACUCAGUCUCGAACCCGAUACUGUCGCUCCCGGUAACCCCCUUUGCAUUAAUCUCGCAGGUCAUCUGCAAGACCUCAAUGUACGCCCCGGGCCCUUUAGAACACGGACUGCGGUCCUCGUCGAGCAAACUGAAGCAGCACAAAAACACAUGCUCAAAGUCUCUUGGCAGGAUCCACAUCUGAGAUUACAUGAAUUGGCGAUGAUGCGCGGUGUCGCAAGCUUCAGCGAUGAAUCCAAAUUACCUUACGCGGCGGUUCCGCUUGGUCUGGCAUUGAUCGAGCCUCAUGACUUCCAGACCGACAACUCGGCGCCUCUGGAGAAGAUAGGUACCCUACCACCUCACUUCACGACUCGCGUCGUUUGCGCUCUCGUCUACAAACAUCAUCUCGGAGACUUGAUCGGCAGACAAGUUCUCCCACAUGAUCUCGUACAUAUCCAUGUCGAGCUUGCACGGCAGCUUUUGAGUCUGGCAAAGCACGGCUAUCAUUAUCGAGACCUGAAUGAAGGCAAUGUCCGCCUUCUACGGGGCUCAAUCAACACUCUUCUCCUGAUAGACUUGGGCAACGUGCGAAGAGAUUUGAGUCCGCGAGGGAAAUCAGGCUCAACCGAUGCGGAAGCCAUUAUCGAAAGAGCCAGGGACGAUACACGCUCCGCGAAUGAAUACUUUCUGCCUACCUGCUUUGUCGAUGCCAAGAAAGCGAUCAAAAAGUGGAAUUCUGAGGUGACAAGAUCAAAAGUCGUCUUCAAGAGCGCUGUUGACAGUGACGCCAGCGAUGGCCUUCAACUCGGACUGUUGAGAGUCUCAGAGAGGCUCUCAGACCUUCACCAGGCUUUACGAAGCCAAGCCAAGUACAGUCAUCGUUACAUAGAUGACCUUGAGAGCGCGACAUAUCAGCAUUUCUGGCGCGUGAGUGCACCAUGCCUUCCGAUUAACUGCUCGAGUCUUGAAUUGAUACAUUCUCCUUCCACUUUCCUUCGCAUGUCCCUCGUUGCUGCAGACGGCUCGCAACGCUGAUCCGACAAAUCUAAAGCUGGCAAAGCUACGCGAAGCUUUCGAGACCGUCGAGAAGAAGAAGGAGAUAUGGGACGACGAGACUGAGUGGAUCAAUGCUCUUAAUACGCACUGCCCGGAUGCGACCUUAGAAUGGGCGUCUCUGAUGAAGUCUUUGCGGAACACUAUUUUCAGCGCUCGAAACAGGCUCACUCCAAU